AUGGAGAAUACAAAUGAAGCAGUAGAAGGAGAAGCAUGUUUUGAGGGCAAAUCAGACAUUUCACAAGUGAAGAAACUAUUGUUUAGGCGAAUGUUGGUAGGGGUAAGUGAUGGGAGAUUCUUCAUGGGAGCAUUUUACUGUAUGGAUAAACAAGGAAACAUAAUUCUUCAAGAUGCUGUGGAAUAUCGAAGCACCAGAAGAUCAUCUCCUUCCCCCAUGGAACAGAGAGGUCUAGGGUUGAUAUUAAUCCCUUCAUCUUGCAGAAUCUCAUGUCAUGUUGAUUGCUCCAUUGAUGAACACCUCUCACUCCUCUCCCUUCAAGCUCAAAACUAA